AUGGCUGUGGUAGAUGCCCCGCAAUGGGCAUUGUCGGAGAAUGCGGCGGCUGUUCUUGAACCCCAGUACUUGAGGCGCAUUGAAGUUGAUGAUGUCCUGACGCCCUACCGUACCGCAGCGCAACUCGACAAACAAGAAGUUGACCAACAACUAGAUAAAGAAUCUACAAGAAGCAAAUGCGCGAUCAGCCCACUGUGCAGUGGUACAUCAGAGAACGCCGAGACAGGCAUCGAACCACUCCAUCCCCACAAACUAGUAUCUCCGGCUGCAGCAAGAGAGGCUCUGGAGAAGUCAGCGAUUCCCGUCGAGAUAGCGACUGAUAAAAUAGAUCUGGUUGCUGUUUCGAAGAUUGCUUCUUGGAACAUUUCGAAACGGGAUCCUGUGGCGAGUGAUGAUGAGUGUAUCAUGGGCAUCAAUGAUAUAAGUGAAGCUUCUCCAGAUAAUCCGCUACAAUUACCUCCUAGGAAUCCUGCGCGCUUAUUUGGAAAGGUUGUUCAGACACCUCCACCGUUGCCGGAGAUCAUGGUGACCCCAGCAGAUAAGACACAAAUUGAGUCGCUGGACGACGACGUUACCUUCGAUAGCACCCACAUGAGGACAAAAGAGAAGGAUAAAUUCAUUUACCUCAAGAGCACACCAUAUACGCUGACGCAACCCUCUUUCCGCCAUGGAUUAAUUACUUUAUCCCUCGCUAGGCUGGAUAGAGGAGCCAAGACGACGGACGACACAUUAGACUGGACAGCAUUCCAAAUGGCCAUUCUUGGAGGAGCUGGAGAGCUAUUUCAAGACACCUCCUGCGAAGUAGACAUACGGCAGGCAGAGGAUAUUACGCUGUGGUUCGAUACAUUUGGCUUCGAGACGUACGGUGAGCUGAUAACCGAAGACGUGGCCGAGGGAGUGUUUGCCCCAUGGCCGUCAACGCGAUUAUCGCCACAUAGUACUCAGUCAUCGGCACAUCCAGCCAUCGAUAAUGAAGCCAGCCUUCCUAUUCCAGUUAGCGCUGAGUUCCCUUCCGGAUUCUGGAACGCACCGGCGCCCGGUCAGGCUUUCGACAAAGCUAAAUUCUUUAGCAGUACAGGGUUAAAGAGAUGGGUCGGAGAAGGAGGCUCCAAACGGCCUUCUUUCCACAGUUCGGAGGAAAGCUUACCACCCAGCCCGAUGAUGGAGCUCGUGGUUCGUAUGGACGAUGUUGAAGGCGGCAUCUCGGAUACGGUGCCGAUGGGGUAUAACCUGGGGCAUGACCUUGGUGAUUUUUUGAAGUGGCAAUUGGAGAACAUGGUAUGCAUCUGA